CUUUGAGUCUCGAGAGUGCACCGAGCGCACUCCCCGCGAGAGAGGCGAGAGUGAAUGUUGUCGAGGAGCCUCAGGGUCAGGGCACUGCAAGUUUUGCGCGUUUGGGUCGCCUUGUCGUUGGGGUUAAAAUUAAUAAUUAUUGAGGACCGGGGCUUACAUAUUUGUGAAGUGGGUGUAAGGACCCUGGUAACUCUGCGGUAACGCGGUGCAUAUGGAAAGUGAAGUAAAAGUUUACUUCAGUCGUACGUUAGGGUGCCGCCCCCCCCCCUCGCCCCCAAAAAAGGUUUGUUCAAAAUCGUAUGUGUUUACUUCACUUCGAGAUUGUUGCCGAUCUGACAUUACGUACAGUACGUACGGCCGUUAUUGAGUGUGAGGGGGAGAGGGCGGGGGUAGGGUUUGAACCACCAACUCCCCUCGUAUUCUCCUCCCUCCAACCUCCACGAUUGCCCUCCAAACAGGCCAUACGCCAUACGUUGCGUAUACCACCGUUGCCUACGCACGCUCGAUCAGCUGCUGCACAACGAACUGUCCGAUCAGCAGCUCAUGCUACACACGUUGAGUUGAAAAUUUCCAGAAAUUAUCCGGAAAAAAAGCGGAAAAUAUCCAAAGUUCGGGAAAUUUUCCUUUUUUCCCCGGAAAUUUUCCCGAAAUUUUCCGAAACCUUUCCAGGGACCCUAUUCACACGCACGACGUCGCAGAUCAGCCCCAUUCUCUUGCGACACCAGGCGACGGAGGAGCCGGUGACCCCUCCGCCGCCCACAUCAUGGCCGCCGCGCUGGUUGCGCUGCUCCUCGCGGCCGCGCACCUCUGCGCCGCCGAUAUAGAGAUCCUGGAGGAGUACGGCUGCCCGGACACCGCCUUCCAGCUGACCUGCCGCUCGCGCUCGCCCGAGCAGGGCCUGCUGCUGGCCUUGGACCCGACCGCCACCUCCUCCAUCGCCGUCCUGGAGGCCUCCUUCUCGGCCAGGGACGCCGCCUCCAUCUUCCUGGGGGCCAACAGGACAUGCGGCGGGAACCACACCGCCAGCGGGCCCCGCACCAUCCGGCGGCCCGUCAACCGCAGGUGCUCGGGGAGGAGCGGCUGCAACUUCACCCUAAACAGCGACUUUGCGAGCAGCCGCGCCUGGGGGCCGGGGCUGGUGCACCUCAAGUACGCCUGCAUCAGCGGUAAGGACACCCCCAUAGUGUUAGUUUGGGCAAUGUGGUUACAGUGCGUGAGUUACACAAGUUCCCAUGAACAAAAUUUUUAUUAUUAUGACACCACAAAACUAAUAACAGAAUUCCCAGUCCAUUCCCUUUAUAAAUACUUUAAUAAUAAUAAUAAAAUACGAUUAUUCUUGAUUCCAUAUUUUACUUCUUCUCCUGAAGCUCCAAGUCCAAGUCUUGUUCCAAUUUCUUGCUGCGGCCAGAUGAGCUUGAUGAGGUUGACGACAGCUUUCUGACCGGAGUCGUCCCGUUGUCUUGCAAUAAUCCUUUCAAACAGAAAGAAAGGGUCACACUAUAAAUGUCGUGCUAGGGCAUAAAGUUCAUUUAUCCACUUAAAUGAUAGGCCGCCCCCUGCACCCCCACAGCGCGCCUACGAGGUAGGCAACAUCUCGUCCCCAGUGCAUGCGUGUACUGCGGGGUGGCCUACCCCGAGUCUCGCGGGCGCCGAGCUCCGGUAAUUUACCGAAUGCGCAAUGGAUAAUUGGUGCACUAUUGUGUAGUAAUACACUGCACACACCCUCACCCGCUUUUUUGAAAUAAUUUGGCAAGUGCACACUCGGAUCUGGUUGUUUAUAAACCACUCAUAGUGCUUACCGCCUACAAAGUCAGUGACAAAAACGUCGCUAAAUGACGAAGUCGCUUUGAGCAGCAGCAAGAGGUGUCGGUACACUAGAACCAAACAAUUCCCCCCCCCCCUUUUCCGUCAAACAGAGUUGACCGGGCUUGGCCUACCGCCCGACGGGCUGAGCGAGCCUAAAUGCGGCAGUGCGCGGGGUUUGAUCAGCCACCCGGUACAAUACUGGUACUUACAUGGCGUUACUCCGUCGCCGUGCUCGGGGUUCCCGGGCGGGUCGUCGCCUCGCUCGUCGCCUCGCUCGUCGCCGGUCGCCCGACACCCCUCUCUCGCUUUUCCUUCCUCUGGUCCGCGGCCUCCCUGGCGUGGAACCGGAGCAUGCUGACAAAGGACGCCGACUCCACCUGAUAGUUGUCGAGCAGGCCCCGGGCGAGCUGCCCCUCGACCAGCGCCGCCGUGGCCAGCAGGGCCUCCUCCACGUCGGUGUCGACCAGCACGCCGGCCUCGGUGCUCUGCCAGUGGCACUCGUCCAGCUCCGCGACGUCCUUGAAGGCGAUGUGCAGCAGGCCGUGCAUGUACACGGCGCAGAAGCGCGCGCACUCCUGGAGGCCGGCGCGGGUGGCCUCGACGCGGGCCUCCAGGGCGCGGAGCUCCAGGGCGCGGGCCGCCAGCGCGGAGCAGUUGUGCGCGCGGAGGACGGACCUCACGAGUUCCUCCGCCUCGGACAUGGCUCAUACGACUACUCACGCGCGACUAGGGGAGAGAGAGAGAAAAAAAAAUGAAAACCCACACUCCACGACGGCCGUGUGGCGGAAUCGCGUAGGGCUGGAAUUUCGAUUUCUGCCGAUGCUGCGAAAAAAAUCGCGCCCGCCCGCCCGCCAUGACGCCCCGCGCGACAGCACGACGUCGCGCACAGGUAGGCAGUUCGAGGGGGGCCGCGUGGGCCGUGGGCUUCAACAUUACGCGCCCGCAAGACGGCGGCGAGGGGGCGCAGACUCGCCCGACUCGUGACUCGUUAACGGAGUAGUAUGGUACUUACUGGGUGAAUUGCAGCAGUAGUAGUAGUAUUCGCGAGUAUUUUGACAUUAUGAAGCAGUAUGGAGUAUCAUCGGGCACAGGCCGCACACACAAGGGAAAUUUCGCAGACUGUACCGCGCGCAGCCGUGCAGGCGGGCUUGUCUAACCAUCUCUCUCACGCUAUACGGAGCCCGAUGGAGUAGGUAAACGCGCGUCCUUCUACAUCACAAGACGUCGCAC